AUGUCGAGUGCUGCCCGGCUGGUGUGGGCGGGGGUGCUGCUGAGCCUGGCGACGGCGGCAGCGGGCAUCAAAUGCUGGCAGUGCGGCCAGUACAGCGACGGCGUUGGCUCCAUCACGCCUUGUAACAACCGCAGCGCCGCGCGGCUCAACCAGUGCCCGCCCGACGCCAAGUACUGCAUUAAAUACGUAAGCGAGUUGACUGUGGUGCGGGACUGCGUGCCGACCUGCAGCGAAAAAGAGUGGUGGGGCGCGCGCACUUUCUGCUGCGAGACGGACGAGUGCAAUGGCGCCUUCACACCGAGCCCGGCCGCCGUCGUCGUCGCUACGUUCGCGCUCGCGCUCGUCCUCGCGCGCUGACCGCGUUAGCCAUACCCAUGUUACGCGCGUGUUGGAGGGUCUUAAAUGUUAAAUGUACGUGCUAGAACGCAUUAGAUCGUUGGCAAGGGACAACCAGACAAUAAAGAUCACAAUAUGGUUUAUAUUUAUUUCAUUUUAUCAUUUAGCUCUAACAUUUUUGUUUAGAUAAGAAGUUAUGAAAAAAAAUCUACAAACUAAACAAAAUUUACCGGUUUAAAAAUAACUUUCUACAGAACUGGACUAGACUUUUAGAGCUGCUAAUUUAUAUUCGUUUAAAUAUUUGAACUUGAAGAUUACUCACGACAUUUAUAUUUUUUUUAUGUGCUUGUAAAGCAGAAUUUGGUUUAAAAGCAAUAAAACCACACAAGGUUUUAACUAAUGAAUAUUAACACAGUUGAUAAACCAAACUGUUAACUUACGCGUAAAUCAUAAGUAAUACAUGUUAUAAUGCCCUAAUUUAGGGACCAGUUAAAACUGAAUCGUUUGAAUAACCCCGAUAUUGCGAUAUUUAUUGACCUGAACUUGCCAAUAGACGAUUAACGUCUAACUUUAAUUUCUUUUAUAUUUUCUUUAACAAAAUAUAGAAUAGGACAUAGACCAACAAUACUUUUCAAAUUUAGAAUAGUGCUUAUAUAAAUUAAUUACAAAGAUGAUUAUUGGGUAGAGCUAACGAAGGAUCAUGAAGUAAAAUAAUGUUAUGUAUUUCUCGUAUUCACGAAAUUUCGGAGAAGCGAUCA